AUGAAAAAGCCCCUCACCUUGUUGGAUUAUGCCAAGGAUGUUAAGGGAAUCAAAACUGUUGAGUUAGAGGACUUGGAUAUUUGUUUGCUCGAUCCACAUAUUUCUUUGGAGAAGAUCGACACAAAUACCUUAUACAACAUAUUGGGACUAGUUUACCAUUUUGAAGAUGUCAAGACCGAGAAUAAAACUCGCGCUUCAACCAAGUCAACUAAUAGCAAGCCGAGAUACUUUUGUGACACAACAACAUGCUUUCGCUGUGGAGAGAUGAGCCAUGAAUUCAGGGAAUGCACCAAAACAUUUAAAAAAGACAUAUGUGUCUUGUGUAGCCGGAAUGGGCAUGUGAGGGAACAAUGUCCAUGUAGAUACUGCACGAGAUGCAGAGGAUUUGGGCAUUCCUUGGAUGUAUGUCCUAGUCCCAGAGACCUUGAUAUGCAGGAAAUGUGCAAGGCUUGCCCCGCAGGCAAACACAGCAUAGAGGAUUGCCCCAGGGUAUGGAAAAGAUACAAACUCAACGGCAAUACAUCGAGAUACACUAUAUACAAGGCAUGCCCGAAGUGCUUUUCUAGAAAUCAUUUCAUUGAUGACUGUUCCUCUUCCGAUAGGGCACAAUCUUCUAUAUUCAACUCCUCGUACUUUGAGCUCGCUAAUUUUUACAAUAAACAAUGA